AUGACCCCGAACAUGGCCCUCAGCAGGAAACAGCUCGCUAUAGGAAUAUCAUUCUCCAUUAUAUACCUUGUUCUUCUAUUGCUCUCUCGCUCCCGUUCUGCACGAGACCCCGGAUCCUACUUCUUCCUGCCGGAAGCCGGCUACAGACCCAAAUACAGUCUCACGAGAGUCGAAGAAUCCUUGCGAUAUGUCUCCGGUCGGAACCACUCAACACGUCCUCUGCCUCCGAUCAGCAGCUCAGCCAAAGCAGCACAGCGGGUUGACAUUUGCGUUGGGAUUAUCACCGCGAAGCGCCCCUUUCAGCAGAACCUCGACACCACCAUGGGCUCCAUCCUGGAUACCUUGUCCAAAGACCAGAGGUCUACCAUCGCCCUCCAAGUCCUCUUUGCACAAACCAAUCCCGUCGAUCAUCCGGACUACGCCCAGCCAUGGGUUUCGAGCAUCGCCGACCAUGUCCUCACGUAUGAUAUUCUCGAUGCUCCCAUGUCGGCCAUCAAGCGAUUGGAAAGACACCGGGAUAUUCACCGAAAGUCACUUCUGGACUACCGCCUUGCACUCAAAUCAUGCAUGGAGAGGACGAAUGCACAGUGGAUUGUAAUCCUCGAGGACGACGUUUUGGCGCGGCGAGAUUGGUACGAAAACACCUUGAAAAGUCUACAAAAUAUUAUCGAUUGGAGACAACAAGGCCGGAUCAGGGACUGGCUCUACCUCCGGCUCCUCUACACGGAGAAGUUCCUCGGAUGGAACUCGGAGGAAUGGCCGAAAUACCUAACCUUCAGUCUACUGACUUUCAUGGCCGUCGCUGGCACACUCCUCUGUGCACGAAAGAGGUCACGGCUGGUGAGGGAACUUGCAACAAUCCCUUUUCUGGGGAUAACUUGCUUUGUGUUUCUACCAUUAUUGAUCGGCUUAAUCUUCUUGAGUGGACGUGUGACGAUGCGACCUCUAAAGCCCGGCCUCCAUGUGAUGAAUCGAUACGGUUGUUGUACUCAAGCCAUGGUUUUCCCGCGAGACAAAGCGCCGCUGUUGAUGGAGCAUCUCCGCAAAAUGGGGAGGGAGAGAAUAUCCAUGGCUGUGGACACUGCCAUUGAACAGCUGGCCGACGAGAACAAACUGGAUCGGCUUGUGCUUGUGCCCUCUCAAAUGCAACAUGUUGGUGCUGCUUCGUACAAGGAGAAUUUUAAAGAGGAGGAUUGGAGCAAGCCAUAUCGUGUACGUGGUGCGCAUGGAGUCUGGAGUAUGAGUUUUGAAGAGACGUACCGGGAUUGA